GUCUGUUUCCCAAGACAUGAAAUGCCGAACAUCUCACCCCAAAACCAAAAUAAAGUGUCACACAACAACUCCACAUCUCACACACUGUCUCUCUCUCUUCUUCUUCUUCUUAUUCCACCCACACUCUUCUUCUGCGUCUCUCUCCACAACCAGAACAAGCUCUGGGGAAACCGCAAGAAGAAGAAGAAAAAAACACAAGCCUAACCCAUUAUGCCAUGCUUCACAUCACGCGAUUCUCUUCUCUUUCUCUCUCUCCUCAUCCUCUCUCUCUCCUCCUUCUCUCUCUCCACCGCCGCAAGAGCCUCCUCCUUCCACUCCUUACGUGGCCCAGAUGGCGGUGAGAGAGAGUUCCAGAAGUUGCUACCGUGGGAAACGAGGAGAUCCAUGGCUGAAGACGCCACGGGCAACACGUCUUUGAUAUUGGCUCAGAGAAGAACCACAAGGAAGGACCCUACCGAUAGCUUUAAGCGUUACACCGGUGGUUGGAAUAUCAGCAAUUCCCACUACAUUGCUUCUGUUGUUUUUACCGCGGCUCCCUUCUUUGCUGUUGCGGUGGUUUGGUUUGUGGUUUUUGGGCUCACUCUAUCCUUAAUCUGCUUGUGUUACUGCUGUUGUCCAAGAGAGCCUUAUGGUUAUUCACGUUUGGCGUAUGCUUUGUCAUUGAUCUUCCUUAUUCUCUUCACCCUUGCAGCAAUAGUUGGAUGCGUUCUUCUUUACACUGCUCAGGGGAAGUUUCAUGGUAGCACCACAAACACACUGGAAUAUGUGGUGAGUCAGGCUGACUUCACCGCUGAAAACCUCAGGAAUGUGUCAGAUUAUCUUGAUGCAGCUAAGAAAAUUGGAGUCGACGCCGUAUUUUUGCCGAAUGAUGUUCAGAAGAACAUAGAUGAGGUUAAGUCAAAGAUUAACUCUUCUGCUACGCAACUUUCCAGCAAGACUGCAGAUAAUUCAGAGAAAAUAAAAGAAGGCAUUGAUGGGAUGAGACUGGCUCUGGUUAUUCUUGCUGCUGUUAUGCUCUUUCUUGCAUUUCUUGGAUUCUUAUUUUCAAUAUUUGGGCUGCAAACUCUGGUGUACUUCUUGGUCAUUGUUGGGUGGAUUCUAGUUACUUGCACAUUUAUACUUUGUGGUGUAUUUCUCUUUCUUCACAAUGUGGUUGGAGAUACAUGUGUUUCCAUGGAUGAGUGGGUGAAGAACCCUACUGCACAUACAGCCUUGGAUGAAAUUCUUCCAUGUGUGGAUAAUGCAACGGCCCAGGAAACCUUGUUAAGAACCAGGGAUGUGACCCACCAACUUGUUCAAUUAGUUGACAAGAUUAUUUCCAAUGUAACAAAUAGAAAUUUCCCACCUGCUGCUGGACCCGUGUAUUACAAUCAAUCCGGCCCCUUGAUGCCUCUUCUGUGCAAUCCAUUUAAUCGUGACCUCACAAAUCGGUCGUGUGCAACUGGGGAAGUUCCAUUGGACAACGCUGCAGAGGUCUGGAAGAAUUAUACCUGUGAGGUUUCUUCAUCCGGCAUCUGUAAGACGCCUGGUCGGAUGACGCCAACCAUUUACGGCCAAAUGGAAGCUGCAGUGAAUAUAAGCUAUGGCUUAUAUCAUUAUGGUCCAUUCUUGGUUGGUUUACAAGACUGCACUUUUGUGAGGCAAACAUUCACAGACAUCAGCAACGAUUACUGUCCUGGUCUGCAGACAAAUAGUCAAUGGAUCUAUAUUGGUUUGGUUUUGGUAUCUGCUGCUGUUAUGCUGGCUCUGAUCUUCUGGGUCAUCUAUGCAAGAGAGCGGCGGCACCGUGUUUAUACUAAACAGUUCUUGGACAGCUAAAUUUGUUGGAGCAUAAACUACGUUAGGUACAUUAUUUAUGGUUCUCAUGUACAUUUGAGUUAUAGAUUGUACUGAGUUGGUUCUCUUAUCUUAUGUGAGGUAGAGUUAUUCAGCUUAUAAUUACCUAUAAUUGAGUAGAGAUGUGUGAAAAGUAUUCAAGGAAACAAAGUAUUGGUGUGUUUUGAUGUCAAUUUUUUCAUUUAAAACACAAUGACAUUGUUUGAUUGAGUUGCUCACUUUGCUUUC